GAAUCCGUUCAUGACCUUCUUCUCUCUUCUUCUUCUUCCACCCAUUCUCACUGUUGCAACCAGGUAUCUGGUGACAAAACAGUAACUGAUAAAUAAUCCUCGAAGAUGGCGUCUCCCCUUAAAAACUGUGCAAUCUUCUACACACUAAUUUGCCUGAGCGGUUUUCUCAGCUUGGAAAGCCUAGCAGCGCCAACCUACCUUGAUUAUUACUGCACAGAAAAUGGAACCUAUGCAUCUGAUAGCAGAUUUGGUGGCAAUCUCAAUGCUCUCCUUCAUUCCCUCGCCACCAACGGCACCCAGGGAAAGGGAUAUUACACCGUCAUGGGCUUCGGAUUGCCCGAUGCCGUCAACGGGCUUUUCAACUGCCGGGCAGACCUUAGCAUCAGCAGUUGUCAACAGUGUGUCACCACCGCAGCCACCGCGAUCACGCAGCGUUGCCCUAACCAGACGGAGGCCAUCAUCUGGUAUGAAGAAUGCAUGUUGCGUUACACUGGCAGGUAUUUUAAGUAUGGCAGCACCGAACCUGGGAGGAACUUGGUUGACGGGAGGAACAUCUCCGGCAACGAUUUGAAUGCAUUCAAUCGAACGUUGUUCAGCUUGUUGAAUAAUAUAGCAAAAGAAGCAGCGAAUUCUCAGACAGCAGAGAAGUUUGCCACCGGCGAAGCAAAGCUUGGCAGCAACCAGACUGUGUAUGGGCUAUCGCAAUGCACGGUGGAAAUACAGUCGGCUCAGUGUGAGACUUGCCUGAAAAAUGCCAUCGGAACUUUUCCGACGUGUUGUAACCGAGCCGGAGGGGCAAGAGCUCUGCUGGCGGCUUGUACUGUCCGAUAUGAACUGUAUCCAUUUUACACUUCAUCCGAUUCAUCAUUGACUUCUUCAGGGACGAAGAAACUUUCAUCACGAGCAAUUGCCUUGACUGUGGUACUUGUUGUGGCUUCAGUAGUUCUCUUGGGUUUUGUCAGCUUUUUUCUGCGGCGAAGAGUAAGGAAGAAGCAGAGGACUAGGACUAUUUUAAGGGAAAAUUUUGGGGAAGAAAUGGCUACUUUGGAGUCCUUGCAAUUCAGUUUGGCCACAAUUGAAGCUGCCACAAGCAAGUUUUCACAUGAGAAAAAAAUUGGCAGAGGUGGUUUUGGAGAAGUUUACAAGGGAACUCUUCCGGAUGGACGAGAAAUAGCUGUCAAAAAGCUUUCAAGAAGUUCUGGGCAAGGUGCCAUGGAGUUUAAAACUGAAAUUUUACUAAUUGCCAAGUUACAACACAGGAAUUUGGUGGCUUUAUUAGGAUUUUGCCUGGAAGCACGGGAGAAAAUGCUCAUUUAUGAAUAUGUACCCAAUAAAAGUCUUGAUCACUUCCUUUUUGAUCCCAAAAAGGAGAGGGUGCUAAAUUGGUAUGAACGUUACAAGAUCAUUGGAGGAAUUGCAAGAGGAAUUCAUUAUUUACAUGAGCAUUCUCGACUCAAAGUUAUACAUCGUGAUCUCAAACCAAGCAAUGUAUUGUUAGAUAACAACAUGAAUCCAAAAAUUUCAGACUUUGGCAUGGCAAGAAUAAUUGCUAUAGAUCAAGAUCAAAUAAAUACUAAUAGAAUUGUUGGCACAUAUGGAUACAUGUCUCCAGAAUAUGCAAUGCAUGGCCAAUUUUCUGAGAAGUCUGAUGUAUUCAGUUUUGGUGUCAUUGUUCUUGAGAUUGUUAGUGCAAAGAGGAAUGCUCGUCCCAUUGAAACACAAGAUCUUGAUGACCUCUUAAGUCAGGCUUGGAAACAUUGGAGGAAUCAGACACCGCUUGAAAUAAUGGACCCAGAACUAAAAGACUCGUUUACUCAAGGUGAAGUGAUCAAGUGCAUCCAAAUAGGUCUGUUAUGCGUUCAAGAUAACCCAGAAAACAGGCCCACAAUGGCAAGGGUUGUUUCAUAUCUAAGUAGCCUUUUAGCAGAAUUGCCAUUGCCUCAGGAACCAGCAUCCCACAUGGAUACUGAUUUGAAGCUGAACUUGGUAUCAUGGGAAUCCAGUACAGGUCAAUCUACCCAAAAUUCUAUGACAUCCUCAAAUCAUGAAAUGUCUAAGAGUACUCAUAUUCCAAGGUAAUAUGACUUUGAUGGCUUAGAAGUAUGAUAUGCCAUAUGUCCAUUGUAAAUUAAUAGAAUUUUUUGGCAAUGUCAAUGCUAGAUGAUAAUCUAUAUAUGAAUUCUCUCUCCUUU